UUCCAUUAAACGGGGCGGCACACCCGAUUCUGCAUAUAUACCAGGGGUGCAGAUUAACCCCUUUCAUCGACAGGAUCAUACAGCAACCAUGAUUUCUCUGGUCUUCGUUCUGCUCAUUGGAGCCGCUUUCGCCACGGAGGACGACAAGAUCGUUGGAGGGUAUGAGUGCAAGGCCUACUCCCAGCCCCACCAGGUGUCUCUGAACUCUGGGUACCACUUCUGUGGUGGCUCCUUGGUCAAUGAGAAUUGGGUUGUGUCUGCUGCUCACUGCUACAAGUCCCGUGUGGAGGUGCAUCUGGGCGAGCACAACAUCAAGGUGACUGAGGGUAGCGAGCAGUUCAUCUCUUCAUCCCGCGUGAUCCGUCACCCCAACUACAGCGCCUACGACCUCGACAAUGACAUCAUGCUGAUCAAGCUGAGCAAGCCCGCCACCCUCAACACCUACGUGCAGCCUGUUGCUCUGCCCAGCAGCUGUGCCCCCGCAGGCACCAUGUGUACCGUCUCUGGAUGGGGCAACACCAUGAGCUCCACCGCUGACAAGAACAAGCUUCAGUGCCUGAACAUCCCCAUCCUGUCCUACAGCGACUGUAACAACUCCUACCCUGGCAUGAUCACCAACGCCAUGUUCUGCGCUGGAUACCUGGAGGGAGGCAAGGACUCUUGCCAGGGUGACUCUGGUGGCCCUGUGGUGUGCAACGGUGAGCUCCAGGGUGUUGUGUCCUGGGGUUACGGCUGUGCCGAGCCCGGUAACCCUGGUGUCUACGCCAAGGUGUGCAUCUUCAAUGACUGGCUGACCAGCACCAUGGCCACCUACUAAGUCUGAUCCUAGCUUCGGUCCUCCAGCAUGGUCCCAGAAGUCUACAACAUCCUGUGCAGUUCAGCGUCUACCUUUUUAAACUGGAGAUGAAAUACUAAUGACAAAUUAAAUAUUUAACAUAAUUUCAGUCUACUGAGUAUUUUUCCCAAAGAUAAACAAAAAAGUGAAUAUACUCUUGAAGGUUCUUCUUACAUGCCUGCAGCAUAGAGCACAUGUUCAUGUAUGACAUUAAAUAUUUUGUUCUGUAUAGCAUCAAGAGAGUGUUGAUUGUAAGUGGAAUGUUAAUAAAUGCUGCAUUAUAUCAGCUGGAAUUAUUUCAGCUAAAAGCUAUGGUCUGUGA